AUGAUAAAAGUAAAGAGUUCAGGAUCAAAAGAAAUUGAUGCAGCUAAAUAUUUUCUUGAAGCUAUAUUAUAAUUAAGAGACUGCUUUAAUGAAUCUAAAUUAAUCAUUAUUGAUGCAUAAGGAGAAGAUAUUUGUGUAGCUACUUGCGUUUUAGAAUUAUUAAAGAAAUAAUUUCCUAAUAACAAAAAUUUUAUCAAGUCAAGUGGAAGUAUCAGAGAUGUAUAGGAUUGUAAAGAAAGUGGAAUAAUCAUUAAUUUUUAAGUAUUAGACUUCGGAAAUGAAGUUUAUAAUCCUUAUACUUAUGUUGAAAAAUAUUUGCAAUAAUUAAUAGAGUAUGAAAAAUCAUAAAAAAGAAAUAUCUCAGAAAAUAAUGGAGUAUUGAAAUAAAAUAAAUAGUAAUAAUAAUAAUAAUAGUAAUAAUAAUAAUAGUAACAACAAUAGUAAUAAUAAUAAUAAUAAUAAUAAUAAUAAUAAUAGUAAUAAUAAUAGUAAUAAUAAUAGUAAUAAUAAUAGUAAUGGUAAUAAUAAAAAUAACAGGAUAUAUAAAUAGAAUAUACAUAGAAAUAAGAUUAAUAACAAUCACAAUAAAAUGAUAUCUAGAAUAAGUGGAGCACUUCAAGAAAUAAAUAUUAAAAAAGAAUUCCAAAAAAUUAUAUUGGAGAUGAUGAAGAAUUGGUUUCUGAUGGAUUACAUGGAUUUGCUUAAGCAUUUGAUUCAAAAUUUGGAGCUAAUGGAAAUGAGAAAAAAAAUUAAAGAAGAAAAAAUAAACAAAAAAAAGAUGACAAUGACUUUUAAGAAUAAAAUUAUAUUAGAGGAAAUAUAAAAUAUAGAGGUGGAUUUAAUUAUUGA